AUGGCCGCGAAGUCGCUCGGAGGGCUGUUCAUUUAUGUCCUUCGAACGAGUUCACCUGGGGGCUUUAGCUCCUUUGGUAAGGAGCCUUGCAUGAUACGAGGCAGAUGGUUCAGCCGCAGUUUACCCAAUGCAUUGGGCGUUAUAGGACAGCCGUUUUUGAAAUCAGCUUCCAGUGGCAGGGGAAGAGUCCAGCCGCGGUGCGCCACCGAGGCUUUAGCAAGGAUCUCAAGCAGCUUCAACUAA